AUUGUGGUGGCUUGUCGAAUUUCAUGUACAUUGGUCACACUAAAUUGUUAAGUGUAAAUAUGCGCACCAGUUACAAAAAGAAUCGACCUUUUGAUUUUAAACUAAUUGAUCAUGUUGAGCCAAAACCUUUGCUCUAUAAACGUCAGACAGGACUCUCAAACUAUGAUGUGAUGAAGGCAAAAACAGAAAUCUGGGCUAAGAUUGCUGAGAUCAUGGAAUGCGAUGUGGAAUUUUGCCUAAUGCGUUGGAACAAUCUGCAUUAUCAGUAUCGUAAGGAGUCACGACGUCCCAGUGGUUCCACAUGGCCCUACUUCGAGCGUCUUAAAUUCCUAUCCUCGUCAGAUAUGCUAUCGCGCCCGAAGGCUAAGCCAAAGUCGAGAGCCUUGGUAGAAUCAGAGCAAUCCAUUCAAGUCCCUCCACUUGUCACAGAUGAAUUUGUAGGUCAAAAUGAAUGGCAGUCGUAUAAUGAUUGUGUGGUGAUUGUCAAUGACAUGGAACAGCAUGUCGACAGUACAUUUAUCAUAGAAGAAAUCAUAGAAUCUACAGCAGCAACAGACAAACAGACCGAAUCAAGCACAGCAGAGGAUUUGCUUAAGAUUGAUCAAAUCCUAGAGCAACUGGAUGAGAAGCAACGGCAACGCGCAGAGCGUCGAAUUAUGGCCUUUCUGCUCAAAUGCCAGUUAAGGGGACUCAUGAAUGAAGCCAUCGAUGACCUGGCUAUUUAAAUCUCACAUUAGUGUUUAAACUUGUAUAUAAUUUGACUUUAAUAAAAACCAACUAAGAGA